AUGUGGGAGGGUGACGCUGAUAGGGUGAAGGUAGGUGGUUGUGGUGGGGGGGAGGGGAGGGGGACGCUAAUAGCAUUGAUGCUAAUUGUGGUAGGAGGAGGAGGAGGAGGAGUAAACAGUUGUUAUCAGUACGUAUCAGCGCAUUUUUCCAAUUUAUUUAAAAAUUCAAUCGACAAUGCGUUCCUCUAUUACAUUAAGAUGAAAUUUUUUUUGACACAUAGUAUAUCGGAGUGUUCAACGCCAAAUAUUUCACGUAUUAGUGGCGUAUCCUCUAUGGAUCCAAAGUAUAUUCCUGGCGUAAAAAGUGACGGAAUUCCGUUACAUCCACAACCGUCAACUAGUAUCAGUACUUCAGCC